CCCCGUCUUAGCUUUACUCCUGCUCUCGCCAGUCUAGCCUUGCAGUCUUCCUCCCCCGCGCUCUCCUCUAUUCAUACUUUGGCCUCCACCCACCACGCUCGCCCACGCUUACCGCCUACUAUGGGCAACUGCAUCUCAGGCUCCUCUCAAGACUGCAUCGAGAACGCCAAGUCCGACGAGAUCGACCGCCAGAUUGAGAAGGACUCGCGCAAAUUCCGCAAAGAAUGUAAAAUCUUACUGCUUGGUUCCGGCGAGUCAGGAAAGUCGACGAUUGUGAAGCAAAUGAAGAUAAUUCAUCAAAACGGCUUCACGCCUGACGAAUUGAUGUCGUACAAGGCAAUCAUCUUCAAGAACACGCUUGACAGCGCCCAGGGGAUAAUUUUGUUCAUGAGAAAGAUCAAUGUUGACUGCGAGCUUCCUAAUAAUCAGGUGAAUGCCGAUCGGAUACUGGACUGGCGAGCAGAUAACUUCUCGGAGGAGGUGGCCCUCGCCAUCUCGCAGUUCUGGCAAGACCCCGUCAUUCCCUCGAUCAUGGAUCGGAGUAGCGACUUCUACCUUAUGGACUCGGCCUCUUAUUUCUUCAGCGAGGUCAAGCGGAUCGGCGGGCAGGGUUACUGCCCCACGGAGACGGAUGUGCUGCGCGCACGAGAGAGGACGACGAGUAUCAAGGAGACCCAAUUCAACAUGGGGCAGCUCUCGGUGCACAUGUUCGACGUCGGUGGCCACCGCUCGGACCGGAAGAAGUGGAUCCACUGCUUUGAAAACGUCACCAGCAUCAUCUUCUGCACGGCCUUGUCGGAGUACGACCAGGUCCUCCUCGAAGAGCGGAACCAGAACCGCAUGACCAAGAGUCUUAAUCUUUUCGAGAGUGUCAUUAACUCUCGGUGGUUCCUCCGAACGUCAAUCGUCUUGUUCCUGAACAAGAUCGACGUGUUCAAGACUAAAGUGCCAAAGGUUCCAUUGGGGCACUACUUCCCGGAAUACACUGGCAGCAGUGACAUCAACAAGGCCGCGAAGUAUAUCCUCUGGAAGUUUAUGGAGGCGAACCGGGCGAGGCUCCGCGUUUACCCCCACCUUACGCAAGCGACCGACACGUCAAAUAUCAGGCUAGUGUUCGCGGCGGUUAAGGAAACAAUCCUGCAGAACGCGCUGAAGGACGCUGGCAUCCUGUAGCGCUGCACCGCGUUCGUGCGCGUCUCUCGUCCGUCUUUGGUGUUUCGGUGUUCUACUCACCCUGUGGAUAUCUCUGCUGCAUUUAUAUUCUCCUCGCUCACUUGUCUUCAUACGUCGUUGUCUCGCAUACCAUAAGUGUCCAUGUUCUAUCCUGUUCAUCUAUUUGCCUCUCGUACAUU